GUAGUUACCGGUAGUUACGACAUUUGUGAUAAAAAACCCGCAAAAUUUUAAUUCUGCAAGAUAAAAAAUUUGUUCGCCUACUGCCAAUGUCAAACUCACAUCAUUUAUGUUGUUUGCAGAACCACGUGCAAAUGUCGUAUUUGCCGUGUGACAUUUGAGGUUACGUAAAUGUCAGUCAAGUGUCAUUGCUUGUCACUAAUGAUGGGUAUUCAAAAAGAAAAAUGAAAAUACAAAUUUUUGUGAACAUACAAUAUAUUGGUACAAAAUUGUUUUAGCAAGGAAUGGUAGGAUAUAGUAAAUAUAGACAAAGAAAACUAACGCAGUUAGAUUAUCUGAUAGCUGGAGCAGGCUCAGGUGUAAUAACUCGAAUGAUAACACAACCAUUGGAUGUGUUAAAAAUCAGAUUUCAACUUCAAGUGGAACCGAUAUUGCGGAGCAGUUCGUCAAAGUAUCAUUCAGUGUUUCAUGCAACAAAAUUAAUAAUACAAGAGGAAGGUGUCAAGGCUCUUUGGAAAGGACAUAUUCCUGCUCAGUUCUUGUCCGUGAGUUACGGAACUGUGCAGUUUUGGUCAUUUGAAGUAUUAACAGAGAAAGCUGCAACAUUCGAUCUGUCCCCAUCGUUUUAUCCUGUUAUAAAUUUUACUUGUGGAGCUGUGGCAGGUUGUACCGCUACAGCUGCAUCAUUUCCAUUUGAUGUUGUAAGGACAAGACUUGUUGCCCAAAGUGAACACCAGAAAGUAUACUCAAGUGUUACACAAGCUUUCACUACAAUUGUAAGAAAUGAAGGCUUUUUUGCUUUAUAUAGAGGCAUGUUACCCACAUUUUUUCAAAUAGCCCCUCAUGGAGGAGUGCAGUUUAUGUGUUAUAGACUUUUUAAUAAUUUUUACAAGUAUUUAACAGAUACCACAGAUACAACAUUUGUGAGCAGUUUUCUGUCAGGCAGUUUUGCUGGUUUCUGUGGGAAGACUGCAGUAUAUCCACUUGAUUUAGCCAAGAAAAGAAUGCAAAUACAGGGAUUCGAACACGGUCGUAGUUCUUUUGGGGCAUUUUUCAAGUGUAGUGGUCUUUAUGACUGCCUUGUGAAGAUAUAUGAAGUUGAAGGAUUUUCGGGACUUUUUAAGGGUCUUUCCCCGAGUAUUCUCAAAGCAGUUUUUACAACUGCUUUAUAUUUUAGCACCUAUGAAACAAUUUGUAAGUUGCUGGCAAGCCAGCGAGAAGAUGAUUAAAUUUUACCGUUUUAGUCACGAACUUUUUUAAGUUCUGUAGAUAUUGUCUCUGUGAUCAGUGGUAGAUGUGUUCAGUAAUUAUUAUAAAUAAUAUAUGUCGUUUUUUUUUUUGUUAUGUAUAUUAACGUGAAGGAAUAGACUGACAAUUUAUAUUGUUUUCGUUUAUUAAUACUUACUUAAGGACAACGUUCUUUGCAGACCUUAAAAAAUCCAUGUUUAUUCAAUCAGUAAAUUUAGUUGCUAAAAUAUAGCCUAAUGAUAUGAGAAUUUAAUUUCCAGUGAAGUUGCUUUUACCAAAUCAAGAUGAUGUUUCCGUUCGACCUGUAGGAGGUAUGCAUGCGUGGGCGUCUGUGUCGGGUUUUGAAUGUCUUAUAUAAAGUAGUUGUCAGGUGUGUUUUCGUUGAAGUUCGACGAAGUUGUUAGUCUUGUAGAUGAACACUUGAAGAGAGUUUUGUCAGGAGCUGUAUUAUGUAGAAUCAGUUUAAAUUUAUCCUCCAAACAAUACUUCGCUCGUAUGAAAUUUUCCUAUAAGAUUGCAAGAAUAA